UUCCAUGACGAUCCUUGAUGGGCUCAUAGUGGACUCGGCCCAAGUUGUGGGUGCCCAGGAGGUUCUGUUUGUAGAAGGACGGAGGAAUAGCCAAGAUAUGAAGAAAUAUUAUUUUAUUUAUUUUUUUAAGUACACUAACCAACGUGUCACAAUCAUUUCUGUCAUUUCUUCUCAAAUGUUUGAGUUUUCAGAGGUUCAACUCUAAUUUACCACAGGUCGUUUGCAGGUUGUAACUUUAGCACCACUUCGAUUUUACUUUCAAUUUAAAGGUACACUACAGAGGAUUUCUUGAUAGAAAAGAACAUAAGUACAUGAAAAAUCUGUUCAAAACAGCAUUCUUGCCAUAAUUGCCUCACAAGAGUGUGACAAAAAUAAUGAUUUUACAUUGAGGUGUCAGGCUUCCGUCUUUCAUCGUUGCAUUUAUGUUAUGUAAAGACAAUUACCACAGGGAUGCUUUAAUGUUUGUUUCACUCCGCUUAUGUUUGUGCCAUUGACGUUGUGAGCUGACGUUGGCAGUUUUUUGGAAGUCAUCCAGACUUCUCUCUCACCCCAUGAUUGCUCAGAUUACUAAUACUACAUAGCUGAGAAAUAGAGUUAAACUAAUAGUUUCAGCAUUAUUGCCGAUCACAGAUGAGAUGCGACAGAUGGGGUAAUCAAAGACACUCAAACCGCCUACCUGACAAAGUUUCUGAUUUGGAAGACGUAAACUUUCAACAUGGCAGAGGAGAGAACAUUUUCUCCGUCAGUUUCUCAAAAUAAGAGUUCCCCAAGAAAUAUACAAGAAUGAAACUGGCAUCAUCCAUGUUCUCUCAGACAUCAAAGCACUUGAACGUGAGUGAAAUACUUAUAGGAUUUCACUUCCAUCAUACAUCAAAUUUGUGUUGGGUGAUAUGGGCAACCCUUAUGGUGUUUUUAUGUGCUUUGAGCUUGACAGUUAUUUUAUGGUGAGCCAUUAGUAUAUUAACAUUGCCUCUGCAAGCACAAUUGGAUGUUCUAUACGAAUAUAAACCUAGUUAAAAAAAAUUUAUUUACUUAAAGUAUACAGAAAAUAAAUGCUUUAUAUAUAUUUAUACCACAGGCUGUUUAAAUACUCGAUUCUGAUUGGCUGGAAGGUGUGCAGUAAAACCGUUUAAUGCACAGGUAGUUCCAGUCAGUUUGAUUACAGUUCGAAAUUAAUCCGCUACUAUAAUCAUCGGUAACCAUAGUAACACAGUUACACUUGCAAACAGAGUGAGAGAAACAUAUGAAAACGUUUAUUUAGGUAGGCUAAAUGGAUGAUUUUUGCAUGUUGUUUAAUUUGUAUGGUGAAUAUGGCAAUUUUGAGAAAUGGGCCCAGGCACAAGACGAAAUAGAAGACUUGGAGAAGAUGUUGAAUGACAAAAAGCGGCACAAAGAAUUAACACCGACAGAGCUAGAUAAGAUCGAAGAUGACAAAGAUGAGGUCAUUACAAAAAAGACAACUAAAUGGACAGUUAACACUUUCAGUGACUUUUUGCGCCAAAGACAGAAAAAUUGUGAUUUCGAGACCUACUCUGCUUCUCUUUUAAAUGAGACAUUGCAGGAGUUUUAUGCCUCUGUUCAGUCUACCGCUGGACGCGAAUACAGUGUUGCAAGUUUGAUGUGUCUCAGAGCAGGUAUAAACCAUCACAUUACAAAAUACAACAUCAUAAGUGAAAAAAACUUCAAGUCAAGCAAUGCCAUCUUUAAAUCAGUUUUAAAGCGCUACAGGAAAAAUGGAAAAGACACCAGCGUUCAUCAUCCGCAUAUUACUGAGUCUGACUUGGAGAAAAUUAGAAAUGCACCUGCACUCUCCCCUUUCACACCCACAGGACUUGUAAGAAAAGUUUGGUUUGACAUACAGCUGUAUUUUGCACGGAGGGGAAGAGAAGGAAUCCGUAACCUAUCAAAAGAGUCUUUCGUUCUACGACAAGACGAGAAUGGGAAAGAGUACCUGACCCUGGCGCAUAACCCAGAGACAAAAAACCACAAGGAUCCCACCGCAUCGGAUAGAGAAAAUUUACGAGGAUUUAUGUUUGCGAGCCCCGGCGACCCACUUUGUCUCGUGGACAGCUUUAAAAAAUAUCUGUCAAAGUGUCCAGAAAAUACCGGAGCGUUCUAUUUGCAUCCGAGACGCAUCCCUCUGUGCAAACUCGAGAGUAUCGAAAUGUGGUUCACCAUGGAGCCGAUGGGGCUCAACUACCUUGGCAAUAUGCUAAAAAGUAUUUGUGAAGAGGUGGAAGGUAUCUCACAAAUGUACACAAACCAUAGUUUGCGUAGCACUGCCGUUGGACGACUCUCUGAUGCAGGACUAGAAAGUCGCCAGAUCAUGUCAGUGACAGGACACCGAUGCAAGGCGAGUUUGCGGUCAUAUUGGGCCCCAUCUUUGUCAGAGAGGAGGGCAUGGAGUGACAUACUGACAUCUAGAACCUCAACAAGCAAAGCGAAACAUAAUUUCACCUCCAAGCCUAAAACUGAAAUAACCCUACCCUUUUCCAUGUCUAACUUCACAAUAAAUGGAAAUGUGGAGUUUAACAUCAAUUAGUAUAAUGAUGAGUAAAACAAUCCCCUAUCGAAAUUUCCAACUGUUCGAUUUUUUUGUUUUCAUUUAAUUUAAUGCAUUUCAAUAAAUGUAAUGUGUCUUUAUAUAGUAGCCUAAUCGUGGUUAGAGACACCGGUUUUAUUUCACACUCUACAUAAUUCAUUUAAAUAA